AUGAGCCUGACCUCGCGCAUCUUCGGCCUGUUUACGACGACAGAGACAUCGAAUUCGGAUUCUGCGUCGUCGGCUUCGUCCUCCCCUUCCUUCGCCCAGAAUGUCAGCCCCGGCAUCAACAAUGGCUUCACAGCGUCGAGUACAUCGGUAAUCGGCUCGAAUCAACCGUCCACAAUGCCUGAGGAGGAUGAACCUCGUCCGCCGUACCUACACGCGAUGCUGGCUGGAGGUACCGGUGGAACAUGCGGUGAUAUGCUUAUGCACUCGCUCGAUACGGUCAAGACUCGGCAGCAGGGCGAUCCGCAUUUCCCUCCCAAGUAUACAUCGAUGGGUUCCUCGUAUGCAACUAUCUUCCGUCAAGAAGGGUUCUUCCGUGGACUUUAUGGGGGUGUUACGCCUGCGUUCUGGGGUUCGUUCCCCGGCACAGUAAUCUUCUUUGGUGUCUAUGAAUUCACCAAGAGGCGGAUAAUUGAUGCUGGGAUUAGUCCACAUAUUGGUUACUUGACCGGAGGGUUUAUGGCCGAUUUUGCCGCUUCGAUUAUCUACGUCCCCUCGGAGGUGUUGAAGACACGAUUGCAGCUCCAGGGACGAUUCAACAACCCUCACUUCUACUCCGGGUACAACUACCGUUCUACCACCGACGCCUUGCGCACUAUCGUUCGCCAAGAAGGGUUCUCUGCGCUUUUCUACGGAUACAAGGCGACGAUCUUCCGCGACCUUCCGUUCUCCGCUUUGCAGUUCGCUUUCUACGAGCAAUACCAUAAAUGGGCGAUUGACUGGAUGGGUACACGGGACAUUGGACUUGGAUUGGAGAUUCUGACCGCCGCCACCGCGGGUGGUAUGGCUGGUGUGAUGACUUGCCCUAUGGAUGUGGUCAAGACCAGAGUCCAAACCCAACAGAACCCCGAAACUAGCAGCUCUCCCAAGCCCACGGAGCAUGCGCCCCGGCAGAAUGCCAGUCAACAAAGCCUCCGCACACAAGCGCGGUCGAUUUCGACAUCACCAUCGUCGGGGUCGAUGCCGCCGCCGUCGCAUGGAGCACCGCCACCAGGUACUGCCCGCCUUGACACCUCAUCCUUCUUCACGGGAUUGAGGAUGAUCUACCAGUCAGAAGGCCUCGCAGGCUGGUUCCGCGGCGUGGGACCCCGUGGUGUGUGGACUAGUAUCCAGACUGGUACCAUGUUGGUGACAUACCAGUACCUGUUGAAGCAGUUUGAAGCCUGGCAGCCCUCGGACGAGGCGAACCCUCUCUAA